UUCUUUGAACGGCCCUUUCCGGUUUAGUUCUUGGGCCUAGGAGCCGUAGUUUCGGUUUUUAUUAUUUUUAAUCGCCUCUAAUCCUACAAAAUGAGAAUCUAUAAGGAUAUUAUUACUGGUGACGAAAUGUUUUCGGACACAUACAGAGUGAAACUUAUCGACGAAGUUAUAUACGAAGUCACCGGUAAAUUGGUAACGAGGCAUCAGGAUGAUAUUAAAAUCGAUGGGUUCAACCCUUCAGCGGAGGAAGCCGACGAGGGAACAGAUAGUAAUGUGCAAAGCGGCGUGGACAUAGUGCUAAAUCAUAGGCUAGUGGAAACGUACGCCUUUGGAGACAAAAAAUCCUACACGUUAUACCUUAAGGAUUACAUGAAAAAAUUAGUAGCAAAAUUGGAAGAAAAGGCCCCCGACCAAGUGGAUGUAUUCAAGACUAAUACCAAUAAAGUAAUGAAGGACAUCCUUGGCAGGUUUAAGGAGUUACAGUUCUUCACCGGUGAAUCCAUGGACUGUGAUGGUAUGGUUGCCAUGAUGGAGUACAGAGACAUUGACGGUGCCUCUGUGCCCGUUAUGAUGUUCUUCAAACAUGGCCUUGAGGAGGAGAAGUUCUAAUUGUACUGCAUAAGUGAAACUCAAUAUUCCAUAUAUCUGAAGCCUCAACAUUAACUUUUUUUAUUUAUUUACAACAAAAUCAUAUCUGCAUCAGCUGAAACCGGCUCUUUCCACCACAAGGCUGAAUUAUUGUAAUAUUAAACAAUGUUACAUAACUAUUAUAAAUAAAUUAAUGAACGACUAA